AUGAAGAAGGGCCGCGCAGCGAAGCAAUGUAAGAUGAGGAUGGCGCAGGGUUGCAGCGUGGCGACCUUGCUGAACUGCGCCGACAACAGCGGAGCCAAGAAUCUCUACAUCAUCGCUGUCAUCGGCAUCGGCGGACGCUUGAACAAGCUCCCAAACUGCUCCCCGGGCGACCUGGUGCUUUGCAGUGUGAAGAAGGGAAAGCCUGAGUUGAGGAAGAAGGUGCUCAAGGGUGUGGUGAUCCGACAGAAGAAGGCCUGGAGGAGGCGUGAAGGUGUCUUCGUCUACUUCGAGGACAAUGCGGGCGUCAUCGUGAACGACAAGGGGGAGAUGAAAGGUUCUGCCAUCCAGGGCCCGGUGGCGAAGGAGUGCGCGGAGCUCUGGCCGAAGAUCGCCUCCUGCGCUGGUUCCGGAUUUGUGGUGCUGGGAGCCCUGGCUUGCAUGCUUUGGGGUCCCAGCUUCACUGGAUAUGCGCCGAAGAGACAGGAGAGCGCAGUGGUGAGAAUGGCCGGAUCUUCCAAGUGGGUGAACCCCAUCGACCCUGAGAUGUCCCACCCCAGCGGUCUCUACGUGCUCCCCAUCAAGCCUGCAAAGAAGCAGGAGAACUAUGUCUACACUUGGAAGAAUGACAAGAAUGGAGUCAUUCAGGACUUCAUGCGAGUGCCUUAUGACAAGAACGAGCGUGCCGGGGACUUCUAUGCCAAGCGAACGGCCAACGGAUGCUGGGACCACUGGGGCCCUAGCGGCGAGGGAGAGGCAGCAUGA